AUGACCAACGUGGCCCUGGUGCUGCUCGAUGACGCGGGCGCGGGCGACGCUGGCGUGCUCGGCCACCCGAUCCUCCGCACGCCGCACAUAGACGCGUUUGCGAGGAGCGGCGUCCGCUUCUCGGCGGCUUACGCCGGCGCACCAAACUGCUCUCCGUCACGCGCUGCACUGCUCACGGGCCGCGCACCUUUCCGCACCGGCGUUUACGAUUUUCUCUCGAAGCGCUCGGGCUCGAUGCACCUCGCUGCGGGCGAGACGACCAUUGCGGCGCUGCUGCGCGCGAGCGGGUACCAGACCCUUCACCUCGGCAAGUGGCAUCUCAGCCGGCGCGGCGCCGGACACGGCUUUGCGCCCCCGCACUUUGGGUUUGAUCACUCCAACGAGUCGUAUGCUCCAGCGUCGCAGCUCGUCGCCGCCUUUGGCGGCUGGCUGCGCGGCGGUCGGCGGCGCGGCGCGCCAUUCUUCGCCUAUCUCGCGCUCUGGGAGCCGCACGAGCCGGCCGCCAACAUCCGGCAGGCGGUGGCCGAUGCGUGUGGCGGGCGCCACUCAUGGGGCUCCAGCGGAGGGCUGCGCGGCGCCAAGGGCUACGUCUACGAAGGGGGCAUCCGCGUGCCGCUGUUCCUGCAGUGGCCCGCUUUUACGCGGGGCCAGUCGGCGACGGUGCAGACGCCUGUGCAUUUGUGGGACCUGCUGCCCACGUUGGUCGAGGCGGCGGGCGUCCCUCUCGACGCGGACACGCGGGGCGAGCUCGACGGCGCGACGAGCGCAGCACGCGGCCGUUUGGCCGACGCAGGCCACUAUGGUGGGCAAUGCACCGGGGGCGCGGUGGUAUGCAGCGAGUGGAAGCUGCUCGCGGGGUACGGCGACACGCCAAGCCGGUCGCACGGGCCCGCUCCCGGCGGCGAGGUAACAGAGUGGCUGCGUGCGUGCGAGCUCGGCCGUGCCGAGCUCUACCGCGUCUCGCACGACCCGACUGAGGCCCGCUGA